AUGCAGCACUACGGGGUGAACGGCUACUCUCUGCACGCCAUGAACUCCCUGAGCGCCAUGUACAACCUGCACCAGCAGGCCGCGCAACAGGCUCAGCACGCCCCCGACUACCGGCCGUCUGUGCACGCGCUUACGCUCGCUGAGAGACUAGCCGGCUGUACAUUUCAAGACAUCAUCCUGGAGGCUCGCUACGGCUCCCAGCACCGCAAACAACGGCGCAGCCGCACGGCCUUCACCGCCCAGCAGCUGGAGGCGCUGGAGAAGACUUUCCAGAAGACCCACUACCCGGAUGUGGUGAUGAGGGAGCGACUGGCCAUGUGCACCAACCUGCCUGAGGCCAGAGUGCAGGUUUGGUUUAAGAACCGCCGAGCCAAGUUCCGUAAGAAGCAGCGCAGUCUCCAGAAGGAGCAGCUUCAGAGGCAGAAGGAGACGUCAGGGGAAGGAGGAGGAGAGAAGGAGGACACGCCUCCCUCCACCACCAUCCUUCCUGACACUCAGCUGCCUCCUUCAUCCUCUUCCUCCUCCUCCUCCUCCUCCUCCUCUCUGGAGACAGAAGAACAUUCUGGUAGUGAAUCGGCGACAGAGGAUAAUGGCACAGAUAAGGAGGAGGAUGGGAAGUCUCAGAGGGAGGAGAUGAAGUGCGAGAGAGCUGUGACACCUGGGAACGUCUCGCCGACCUGCAAACGACUCAGCCCCAAACCUGACUCUCCCCUGGUUUCUCCGUCGGUGACUCCCUCCUCUUCCAGCAGCGGCCUGGCCAGCGCUCCUCUCUCCCAGAGCCACUCUUACUCCUCCUCCCCUCUCAGCCUCUUUCGUCUGCAGGAGCAGUUCCGCCAGCACAUGGCCGCCACCAACAACCUGGUGCACUACCCAGCUUUCGACAUAACCGCCCCAUCCUCACUCCCUUACCUGGGAAUGAAUGUCAACAUGCCCCCUGCGCCAUUGGGCUCUCUGCCCUGCCAGUCUUACUACCAGUCCUUGUCUCACCACGCCCAACAGGUGUGGAACAGCCCACUGCUCCAGGCGUCCGCUGCAGGCAGCCUCACCAGCCACAACAGCAAGACCACCAGCAUCGAGAACCUCCGUUUGAGGGCUAAGCAGCACGCAGCCUCGCUGGGACUGGACACAAUGCCUAACUGA